CUGAGCAUAGCCAGGAGAAAUACCGAGACCCUUUCUUGACUCCUUGCUCCAUCUCCUUUGAGCAAACUCAGCUGUUCAUUUACCUGCCUGCUGAGGUGUCCUCUUGGAUUUCCCCAGUCGUUUCCUGUAGUCCAGGAGGUGACUACCUCUCCACUGGUGUUUGCUCCCUACAGAUCUUAGCUGUAUUAACUGGAGUGUCACUUGCAAAUCAAGGGAAGGGAAUCCUUCACUCUGUUCAGGACUGCUGAGGCCUUGCACUGAGAACCAUGUCCAGUUUUGGGCCCCACGCUUCAAGAAAGAUAUGGACAGUUUGGAAAGAGUUCAGCACAGGACAACAUAACUGAUUUAAGGGCCUGGGAGGCAAGACUUGCAAGGAAAGGCUGAAAGAACUAUGGCUGGAGAAGAGCCUUGUGGGGAGAUUUGAUGACAGACUUCAAAUACCUGAAGGGUGAUUACAGGGAGGAUGGAAAUGAGUAAUACCACGCAUGCCAACGGGGCGUCUCCCACCGAGGCUGGUGCGGAGGUGACUAGCAUGGUUGCGACCAUGCUGCCAGCCGGGCUCUUCAUGACGGUGGAUCCCAGCCAUUUCACUGUUGGAGAUGGCUCCCAGCUCAAGGCUGUGCAGAACUACACGCAAGAUGGCCAGCAGAUUUUCCUGACCACAACAGCAGCACAAGUGAUCUCUGGGCUGUUUGUGUGGUUGGCACUGAUUCUCACCUUCCACCAGAUCUACACACAUCUGCGGAAUUACACCAUGCCCAACGAGCAGCGCUACAUCAUCCGCAUCCUCUUCAUCGUGCCCAUCUAUGCCUUCGACUCCUGGCUCAGCCUCCUGCUCAUUGGAAGUCACCAGUAUUACGUGUACUUUGACUCGGUGCGUGACUGUUAUGAAGCGUUUGUCAUCUACAGUUUCCUGAGCCUCUGCUUCGAGUACCUGGGAGGGGAGAGCACCAUCAUGGCUGAGAUCCGGGGGAAGCCUGUUGUGUCCAGUUGCGUUUAUGGGACUUGCUGCCUGCGAGGAAUGUCCUACUCCAUCGGGUUCCUUCGGUUCUGCAAGCAGGCAACACUGCAGUUCUGCAUUGUGAAGCCCCUCAUGGCCAUCGUCACCAUUAUCCUACAAGCAUUCAGGAAGUACCAUGAUGGCGACUUUAAUAUUCACAGUGGAUACCUCUAUAUCACCAUCAUCUACAAUUUCUCCGUCAGCCUGGCACUCUACGCUCUCUUCCUCUUCUACUUUGCCACCAUGGAGCUCCUGCGCCCAUUUGAACCAGUCCUCAAGUUCCUCACUAUCAAGGCAGUUGUCUUCCUGUCCUUCUGGCAAGGGAUGCUGCUGGCCAUUCUGGAGAAAUGUGGGGUGAUCCCUGAAGUUCAGAUCAUUGAUGGAAAAGAGGUGGGAGCUGGGACAGUUUCUGCUGGCUACCAGAACUUCAUCAUCUGCAUUGAGAUGCUAUUUGCCUCCAUUGCUCUGCGCUAUGCCUUUACCUGCCAGGUAUACAAAGAGAAGAAGGAAAACUCAACAGCAAACCUUGCCCCCAUGCAGAGCAUUUCCAGCGGGCUGAAGGAGACUAUGAGCCCUCAGGAUAUCGUCCAGGAUGCCAUCCACAACUUCUCCCCUGCGUACCAGCAGUACACCCAGCAGUCCAUGCAAGAAAUGGAAAUGAAAGGCCCUGGGCAGAAUGGACAUGUGUCCUCCAAAGCUGAGGGGAACAAGGGCAAAAGAAGCAAAAACAUUGAGAAGAGGGUGCUGAUCAUCUCAGAUGAUGAACCAUAGGAGAUGCCCGAGGGGGGACAGUGACCUGGGAGAUGCUGGAACUCCUUUCUCUCCUAGCGGCUCCUUCAGUUUGGAAAUGUUCUCAGAACUGGGACUGCCUGGUGUGACAGGAGCACAAUGAGAGAGACAGAUGGGCCAGAGAAACUAAGGCAUCUGCCCAAAGGCAGCCGUCACCUUUUGAGAAGGAAAGCAGCAAGAACCUGAUGGGUGGGAUGCUGAGCAGGGCUGGCAUCUCCUGUCCUUUUUCUCCUGCUACUGGGGACCUGUCCUGCUCCGUGUUCCUACUGCCAUGGCUCAAGUACUGACGUUUUGCCAUUCAGUGGUGCCUGUCUCCCCGCCCCCAUCAGGAUUUUGAGGCAUGUCUCUAGCUGCCAUCUUAGCCCUCCGGGAGGAAACUGAGGACGGGUGGCCUGGGCUUUUGAGUGUGCCUCCCCAUGCUAAAAGAUGGACUAGUUGAAGUCAAUCCCUUCUUGCCAUGAACAGGCUGAGCAGCAGCGCUGUCAGCAUUGAGUCUUGCUCUAGUUUCUCUUGGUCUAAGUAAAGAGAGGAGCAUCUCUAAAGAUCCUGUGGAGAAGACCUGACUUAUAAGGGUAACUCUUU